AUGUCCUCAAGCCCAUCCCACCAGAACCCACCAGCAGCCUACCUACUUCGUCCUAUUACUUCUCCUCACAUCGAGAAAUUGAGCGAGGAAACCCUGCUCGAAAUCCUCUCAUAUCUUUCGGUCAGCGAACUCCUAACAGCCUCCCGGAUCUCCCAAAGGUUUAAUCGACUAUGUGAUGAACCUCAACUAUGGCGAAGGAUUUACCACUCUCUGUUCACUGUUGAUAGACUCAAGCACCCCUUUUCACCGGCGCUCGAUCAAAGAUUGCGUGGUUCAAUAGAAUCCAGAUCUUCCAGGAUUCCGCUGGAUCGAAAAGGGAAACGGAAGCUUUCGGAAGCUACGAUUGAUGGACAAUCGCACCUUGGCCAUACUUGGAAGACUCUCUGUCGAAUCAGCUUGAAUUGGAGACGGGGAUCUGCAGGAUUGACUCGUAUCACGCCAGUCAUCGAUCAAUCUGACAGCCCCUCUACUUCCUCUCAAGCUCUGACAACCAAUGUUCUUCAUCGAUCUCAAGAUUCGAAAAACCCAACACCCAACACGAUUGUCCGAUUCCAUCGCUCCCUUCUAUUCAUCGCUCGCAAAUCCAGGUCUUCUGAGUCUCUCCCAACUGUUUACGUCUACAAUCUUCAGAAUGAUUUCAAUCACCAACAACAGAAGAAAUCAGUCCUAGUUGGGAACCUUUCACCCACUGAGGAAGCUCAAGACACUUCCCUGCUUGUUGGACAGGGAGUGACUGAAAUCAGCAUUGACGAAUCAUGCGACGGCAAUUCCGAUACUCCCCAAACUGUGAAAACUACUGUCCUGAUAUCAGUGUUUUACACCACCGGACUGUUUACUCUUUAUGAGAUUAACCUGCCCAGCGUCGCACUAGAUACCGCCUAUCCAGCGGCACUCGAUUUUCAAGAGGUCGGAUCAUUUCAGCCGUCUAUGACAACCAAAUCAUCUAGUUCUUCCAAGAUUAAUCAUGAAAUAGUUGAGAUAGCCAAGUUUCACUUCCCCUUGCUGGUCACUUGUUCAGUGGACUUUCAUCUAAAGUUUUUCCGCUUAUCCUGGUCAUCAACAACAGCUCAAUCGAAAAGGAGACUGCAGAUCGUCAAACUACCCUUGGACAUGCAGAAUCAUAGCUGUUAUUGGCCGCUGUCACUCAACCUGAAGCGCUCGGAACCGUUGAGCGAGCGAUUUCAGAUGACGAUUGCGUAUCCGAUGCCGUUUUAUCCUUCGGCAUGGACGGUGGGGAUGCAAGAGUUUGACUUUGAAAUCACUACUUCCCGAUCCUCGACAUCAUCAUCAUCGUUACAAAUGAACACCAAUCGAUUUAUCACCGCCUUGCAGCAUCCCCAAGAUAAAGACCGCCGACCGAUGGCCGGGCUGAGCUUGGGUGAGAUCGUGAUCGGGAUACAGCAAGCAGCAGAGAACGUGAUUGUUGGUCGUUCAGACAACACGAUUGACUGUUUCCGACUGGCGCCUGUUUCUGAGAACUCCGCCGAUCCAAGGAAAAAGCGGCUGUUGUGCUCGAAAACUCUUUUUGGCCAUACGUCUCGGAUCGGCUCGAUAUCUGUUGACGAAAGUGGCCGGUGUGUGAGUGGGGCGAUGGAUGGAGUGAAGGUAUGGGAAGGCUCGGAAGCCGUCGAUGUCCGCUCGGUCGAGUCCCCUACCUCUGCGGUCGAAACUCGAAGGGUAGGUUGGAUCGGAUCAGACUCGGAAAAAAUCGUUAGUCUCUGGAUCUGGGAAGACCUCGAUUCGCAUGGUAAAACCGCCAGACUCAAUGAAGAAGUCAGAGUCCUUAGUUUCAUCUAA